UUGCCUAGUAUUUCAGCACACACACACACACACACACACACAGAGGCAGAGCGGCAGAGAUCGUCGUGUGAAGUUUCAUCUGUGAUGAAGAUGAUGAGGAUGAGGCUGGAGAGCAGACACAGGGACAGGGACAGAGACAGAGACAGCAGAGACAGUGUCUCUGGUUGUUGUCAGUUGAAGAGGAUCCAGCAGCUGCUGCUGCCUGUUGGUUUCAGGACAGAGAUCAGAGAGUUGUCGUCACUGGCUGCUCCAGUGUGCAUUUCCCAGCUAAUGGUUUUCGCAGUGAGUUUUGUCAGCACGGUUUUCUGUGGACACCUGGGAAGAACAGAGCUGGCAGGAGUGACUCUGGCCAUCGCAGUGAUUAAUGUGACUGGAAUAUCUAUUGGCAGUGGAAUGUCUUCAGCCUGUGACACUCUGAUUUCUCAGACGUUUGGGGGCGGUAACCUGCUGAGAGUGGGCGUCAUCAUGCAGCGAGCCAUCCUCAUUUUACUCCUGACAUGUUUCCCCUGCUGGGCGAUCCUCAUCAACACUGAGCCCCUGCUGCUGGCGGUCAGGCAGGAGCCGGAGGUUGCCAGGUUGGCUCAGCUGUAUGUGAAUAUUUUUAUGCCGGCACUUCCUGCUGCGUUCAUGUUUUCAUUACAAUCAAGAUAUCUGCAGAACCAGGGCAUCAUCUGGCCACAGGUCAUUACAGGCUUUGUGGUGAAUCUUCUCAACGCGUUUUACAACUACAUCGUCCUCUACGCCUUAGACCUGGGAGUCGCAGGUUCUGCCGUCGCCAACACCAUCUCUCAGUUCUCCAUGGCGAUCAUUCUCUACGCUUACAUCAUGUGGCGAGGUCUUCACAAGGCAACGUGGGCAGGUUGGUCCAGAGAGUGUCUGCAGGACUGGCGCUUGUACGUUAACCUGGCCAUCCCCAGCAUGGUCAUGAUGUGCGUGGAGUGGUGGACGUACGAGAUCGGAAGUUUUCUGGCAGGUUUAAUCAGUGAAGUGGAGCUCGGUGCUCAGGCCAUCGUGUACCAGCUGGCAAACGUUGCAUUCCUGUUCCCAUACGGUUUCAGUAUCGCCGGCAACGUGAGGGUUGGAAAUGCUUUAGGAGCUGGAGACACAGAACAGGCCAAACUGUCGGCUAAAAUGACCAUUCUCUGUGCAGGUUCAGUGUCUAUAUGUACGUCCAUCCUCAUCGGGAGCCUGAAGGAUCACAUCUCUUAUGUUUUUACAUACGACGAACAAAUCAGAGAGAGAGUUGCGGACGUCAUCGCCUUCUAUGCUCCUUUCGUUCUCCUCGAUGCCCUGUCAGCCGCCUCGAGUGGCGUCAUACGAGGAUCGGGUAAACAGAGAGUCGGUGCAGUCUGCAACAUCGUGGGUUUUUACGGGAUCGGUUUCCCGAUCGGAGUGCCACUCAUGUUCGUGGCCAAAUUAGGAAUCAAGGGUUUGUGGACCGGUUUGUUCAUCUGCGUGUUCCUGCAGUCCUCGUUUCUGCUCGUCUACCUGGUCAAAAUGAACUGGAAUAAAGCUACAGUGGAGGCUCGAAUCAGAGCUGGCAUGUGUGGGAACGACACAGACACAAGCGAGCAUUCGGACGAUCCGUCGUACUCGCAGCCGCAGACGGACACGACGGAGCUGGUGGACGCCGACGACGCAGUGACCGUCACCGUGCGAGGGGAGGAGCUGGCGUUCCGAGCUCUGGUUCUGCGACGGGGUCUGGUUCUGGCGAUCAUGCUCUUCGUCCUGUUGGGCGGAAUCACUUUGAACUUACUCGUCACUAACUUGGUCACGUGAUCGGAGAGCCACACUCAGUGGGCGUGACCCGCGAGCCGGCAGCCCGGUGCGAUGCAGGUGUUUGCACUGCAGCAGGUGGAAGCAGGACGGAGGAGAACAAGAGCAGGAAGCAGAGGGGGAGACGGACAGAUGGACGGACAGUGACUCAUUCCAUGAAUAAAGACCUGCAGCUGUCAAUCACACUGGUGUCCACUCAUAUGUGUCGCACUUCAUCGUCUGUUUUGGAGGAGCUGAAACUAGUGUUUGGGACCAUUAACAUUCACCGAAGUCAGAAAUCAAGUGACAUUCAGGCUGAUUUUCAGAUUGCUCUUCAGAUCAAUACAGAGAAAACGGAAGAGGUUGUGUUUUCUUCGUAAAGUACCAGUUAGUAUCCGGAAUGACAAAAAAUAAAGACGGUUUUCUCGUGAAUAAACCGUUACCAUCGAACUGGAGAUAAAUGCUUCCAAGAUUUACGAAGUUCCGACUGAAGAACUGCAGCAUUCCUUCCUACUUCCUGGUUUCCACCGGGAGACCACGUCCAUUUAUUUAUAGUCAGUGAGAAGAACGUAAGUCUUUUAAUCUCUUAAUCGCUAGUUUCAGCUCUUCUUUAGUAGAACAUGAAGUCCGUUUUGUAACUCAUGUCCACAUUUGGAGGAAAACAGACGAUAAACUACGACACCAGUAUGACUGACAGCUGUUGACGUCUGUGGAUAAAAACCCCAACAUGGCACUGGACAAAUCACAAAUCCUGCGUCUCCUUUUAAAUCCAUUUCUUCCGUACAGCCCAUGUUUACGACCAGUGAAUCAAACUCAUUCUAAAGAUUUUUUCCAGUGAAUCGACCAGUAUUUUUUUUUUUUUUACAUGAUCUCUGUACACAACGCAGUCUGAUGUCGUCACAUUAAACACUUUACGCUGA